GCUUCGUUUGCUCUCCGAAAUACACUUUCCAGUCUAUGCUUGUUUAGACUUCGCAACGAAAUUCCACGUACAAAUACAUAUUCAGUUUCAGUUUGCAAUGGCAUCAAAAAGAAACCAAAAUGAAGCGGGAGAUUCAGGUAGAAAGAAGAAAAAGCAAAUUCGAGUUUGGGUUGAUGGAUGUUUUGACAUGGCACAUUUUGGACACGCAAAUGCCAUUAGACAGGCCAAAGAAAUGGGUGAUUAUUUAAUUGUUGGAGUACAUUCUGAUGCUGAAAUAACCAAAAACAAAGGACCACCAGUUUACAAUGAAGAAGAGAGAUACAAGAUGGUUAGAGCUAUUAAAUGGGUUGAUCAGGUUGUAGAGGAUGCUCCAUAUGUAACAACCUUAGAAACAUUGGAAGAAUAUGACUGUGAUUUCUGUGUACAUGGAGAUGAUAUCACAACAACUGCUGAUGGUACAGAUACUUACUAUCUUGUCAAAGCUAAUGGAAAAUACAAAGAAUGUAAAAGAACAGCUGGAGUGUCAACAACUGAUUUAGUAGGAAGAAUGUUGUUAGUCACAAAACAGCAUCACGAAAGGGAUGAAGAGAAAUUAUUAGACAAAGAAAAAGUAGCAGAUAUUGGAAAGAUGUCUGCUGAUAACAAGUGUAGUACAGCAAAAAGUCCAUAUACAGGAGUUUCACAAUUUCUACCUACUUCAAACAAAAUUAUACAGUUUGCAGAUGGAAAGUCACCUAAUCCUGGAGAUAAGAUUGUUUAUGUAGCAGGAGCAUUUGAUCUUUUCCAUGUUGGAUUUGUAGAUUUUCUAGAGAAGGUAUCCAAAGAGGGAGAUUUUAUUAUUGUAGGUCUGCAUACAGAUCCUGUUGUCAACAGAUAUAAAGGUUCUAAUUUUCCUAUUAUGAACCUUCAUGAAAGAGUUCUCAGUGUUUUAGCAUGCAGGUAUGUAAAUGAAGUUGUAAUUGGUGCUCCUUAUGCUGUUACUUCAGACCUUAUGGAUCAUUUCAAGGUAGAUUUGGUUUGUCAUGGUGCCACACCUAUUAUGGAUGAUGUAGAUGGGUCCGAUCCAUUCGCUGAACCUAAAAGAAGAGGGAAAUUUAAAACUAUAGCUAGUAACAAUGAUAUGACAACUCAGAAGAUUAUAGAGAGAAUCAUUUCUCAUAGGUUACAUUAUGAAGCAAGAAACAAGAAGAAGGAAGAAAAAGAAUUGAAAAUUAUGCAAGCACAUAUGGAAAGGAUUGGAAAAGAAAACAAAUCUUAACUUCUAAAAUUUAUUUUUAAUUUAUUCAAAUUUUUAUUGUAAAUAAGUGGAUCUAAAUAAUAUAUAUUUGUGUAUGUGAACAAUUUUAUUAUAUAAAUUAGUAUUGUUUGUUCCUGAUUAAUCCUUUUUGUUACAUUGAAUUUAUCAAAACCACAAAAUAUGAAAAAUCAUCUAAAACGAACAAAAAAGAUUUCAUUUCAUAAAAAUAUAAUAUAGUUUGUGUUCAAUAUGUAUUAUAAUUAAUGAUGAAAAAUCUUUUCAAAACCUAACUUAAUAUACUGUUUUUCACAUGUGAUUGUUCAUUUCUAAGACAACCGUAUUCUAAUUACUAUAAAAAUCGAUUGGACAUCAAUUUAAAAAUUUCAUGAGAAAAUGUUUGUGAAAAAAUGUUGUUCUAUAUGAAAAUAUGUUAUAAAAUUUUCAUUUCUUUGUUAAAUUAUGUCACAUGACUGUUGUAAGUUUCUUUAUAUCCAUGUUGUAAAAGAAGGAAGCCAUAUAGUUGUCUUUAAAGAAUUGUUUAGUAAUUUGUUAAUCAAAAUUUUUUUUUAUUGCUUGAUAUACUUAGUUUACCAGAGUUAUUUUUGGUGACAUUUUGUUUUUUAUUACUGUGGUGUAGAAAUCCUUUAAUUUUCUGCUUAUUGUAAGUGAAAAUUUUUAAUUUGAUUUGUGUAUUUAUAAAUUAUUAUACUUGUAUCAAGUGUAUAAUGGAACAAUUACUAAAGGUA